UUGCAAAAGCCAGAGGUGCAAGAAGCCGUGACUGCAGCAGCAGCAGCAAAAGCUUCAGGGGCAGCAGCAUCCGCAGCCACCAAGCAAACCUCAUCAAAUCCUCACCUAGGCUUUCAGUGUAUCCAGAUCCACAUCUUCACUGGAGCCGGGAAAGGGAAAGAGGAAAGGGGGGGAGGAGGGAGAAAAAAAAAAAAAAGCCAACAACUUAGCGGAAACUUCUUAGAGAAUGCUCCAAAACUCAGCAGUGCUUCUGGUGCUGGUGAUCAGUGCUUCUGCAACCCAUGAGGCGGAGCAGAAUGAUUCUGUGAACCCCAGGAAAACCCGGGUGGCAGCUCAGAACUCAGCUGAAGUGGUUCGCUGUCUCAACAGUGCCCUGCAGGUUGGCUGUGGGGCUUUUGCAUGCCUGGAAAACUCCACCUGUGACACAGAUGGGAUGUACGACAUCUGUAAAUCCUUCUUGUACAGCGCUGCUAAAUUUGACACUCAGGGAAAAGCCUUUGUCAAAGAGAGCUUAAAGUGUAUCGCCAAUGGGAUCACCUCCAAGGUCUUUCUCGCCAUUCGGAGGUGCUCAACUUUCCAGAGGAUGAUCGCUGAGGUGCAAGAGGAGUGCUACAGCAAGCUGAACGUGUGCAGUGUUGCCAAGCGGAACCCUGAAGCCAUCACUGAAGUUGUCCAGCUUCCCAACCACUUUUCCAACAGAUACUAUAACAGACUUGUGCGAAGCCUACUGGAAUGUGAUGAAGACACAGUCAGCACAAUCAGAGACAGUCUUAUGGAGAAAAUUGGACCCAACAUGGCUAGCCUCUUUCACAUCCUGCAGACAGAUCACUGUGCCCAAACACACCCGAGAGCUGACUUCAACAGAAGGCGAACCAACGAGCCACAGAAGCUGAAAGUUCUCCUUAGGAACCUUCGAGGUGAGGUGGCCUCUCCCUCCAACAUUAAACGCACCUCACAGGAGAGUGCAUGACCAGGAAGAGGUGUUCACAACCUCACCAGACUAGUAUGAUCUUAAGGGUGUUCCUAACAACUUUGAGUGUACUGUGCCUGGUUUGAUUUUUUUUUUUUUAACUAGUUCCUAUUUUCUACCCCCCUUAAAAGAAAACUGCAUGAAACUAGGCUUCUGAAAUCAAUAGCCCAACAUUCUGCAAUGGCAGCAUUCCCACAAACGGAAUAUGUGUGAUCUUUCUGCCUCUCCUCAGGAGAAAUGGUCCUGUUAUACCAUUUUCCCUUAUCAUGUCUUUUCCCAGCUCCCCCCAAACUACUCUCAAACACAAAACAUUCAUGUAAUUCCCCAAUCAUUGUCAUUUGAAGAUGUGGAGCCUUUUAAAAUGGUUGCCCCAGUAGAGUUAGCUGAUAAGAAACAACUUAAUUUAAAUGCAUGUCUUCAAUGCUCAUAAAGAUGUUAAAUGGAAUUCGUGUUAUGAAUCUGUGCUGGCCAUGGAUGAAUAUGAAUGUCAUGUGUGAAUUCUUGAAGUCUCAUGAGCUAGUAUCUUAUGGUCUUGAUCCUCCAGUCUGAUCUUCUUCCCAAUACAUUUACCAAAUUGCUCAAACCUGGUUCUCUGACCAGACUUUGGGCCUGCAUCUUGCAUCUAAUGAAAAACAAAAAGCUAACAUCUUUAUGUACUGUAACUGCUCAGAGCUUUAAAAGUAUCUUAACAAUUGUCUUAAAACCAGAGAAUCUUAAGGUCUAACUGUGGAAUAUAAAUAGCUAAAAACUAAUGUACUGUACAUAAAUUCCAGAGGACUCUGCUUAAACAAAGCAGUAUAUAAUAACUUUAUUGCAUAUAGAUUUAGUUUUGUAACUUAGCUUUAUUUUUCUUUUCCUGGGAAUGGAAUAACUAUCUCACUUCCAGAUAUACGCAUAAAUGCUCCUUGUGGCCUUUUUUAUAACUAAGAGGGUAGAAGUAGUUUUAAACAACAUCAAAACUUAAGAUGGGCCUGUAUGAGAUGAGAAAACCAACAGGUUUAUCUGAAGGACCCCAGGUAUGAUGUUACUCUCCCAGCCCACCUCAACCCAGAGGCUACUCUUUGACCUAUCCUGAUAUAGCUCUGUCACAUCUAACUGGGAAUUUACAAGAAUCAAAUAGGGCAUUUCUUGGUAGGCCUACUGUACCUUGGGAAGUGGCAGUUUCUGACUUGCUACCUUUCAUCAGUGCCUAAUACUCUGGAAAAAUGGAUGAUGGAGAGGGAGACUUUCUAUUAAGUCAAUCAGGAAUGAGUCAAUCAGCCUUUGGGUCUUUGGGGCUCAAAGAGUAUAAAUAACCCUGGGCUGUCCAGCCUUAAUAGACUCCUCUUACAUUUUUGCCCUGUAGCACGCUGCCUGCUAGCUUAGUUAUGGCAGCAGGGUCAUCUCUGUAGGAAUGAAAAAGGAAAAAAAAUAAAAAGAGAGAGAAAAAGAAAAAAAAAGGAAGAGAGGGAAAAAAGGAGCUGGUGGUUUGAUCAUUUCUGCCGUAAUGUUUACAAGAUGGCAACCACCAAAGCCAAAUGAUUUAACUUAUCUAUGAACAACCAUAGUUUCUCAGGGUCACUGUCCUUGAACCCAACAGUCCCUUAUGAGUGUCACUGCCCACCAAAGGUCAAUGUAAAGAGAGGAAGAGGGAAUAGGGGUAGAGGUGGUAGGGGCCUCUCCCAACUCCCUUGGGUAGAAACCAUUGGUGCUUGAUUCUCACUAGGCUAUACUCAAGACCUGACCAAAUCUAGUGAUAGGGAUCCUGGUGGGAGGAGGGAGGGCACAUCUCCAGAAGAAGAAAAAAAAAAAAAGAAAAAGAAAAAAAAAAAAAAGAAAAGCAAUACAACUUUACCAUAAAGCCUUUAAAACCAGUAAUGUGCUGCUCAAGGACCAAGAGCAAUUGCAGCAGACCCAGCAACAGCAGCAGUAGCACUAGUGUUGCUGCCUUUUGUCCCCACACAGCCUCUAAGCGUGCUGACAUACAGAUUGUUAAGAGCAUUUUUAUACUCAGAACUGUCCCAUCCCCAGGUCCCCAAACAUGGACACUGCCUUAGCCUCUUGGAAAUCAGGUAGAACAUACUCUGAGUUGACUGUCCCUCUCCCUCCCUCCCCAUCUCUCCACCCUCCAGGCAAGGCUGACUUUUCCAAACCAGAAAAGCUAUUAAAGUGUGUGUGUUGUGUCCAUUUCACAAACCCACUUGGCCAGGACCCCUGUGUGACAAGUAGUUAAUGAAUAUUCCUAUCAAAAUUAUUUCUUAUGUUAUUCAGUCUGAUCAGUUAUUUUUAUUUGCUGUAACUUCUUCAAAGCUUGGAAACCCCUUUUUCUCCCCCACAGUGAAAUUUAUAUAUGUACUUACAAUGCAUAUAUCUACACACACAGACAGAAGCAGUUCUCACAUGUUGCUAGUUUUUUGCUUCUCUUUUCCCCACCCCACUCUGUCCAACACCCUCUUGAAUUUCUAAAGCUUUGUCUUGUGUUUGCUGCACAGAGUGAUUCGGGGGCUGACCUAGACCAGUUUGCAUGAUUCUUCUAUUGUGAUUUGGUUGCACUUUAGACAUUUUUGUGCCAUUAUAUUUGCAUUAUGUAUUUAUAAUUUAAAUGGUAUUUAGGUUUUUGGCUGAGUACUGGAAUAAACAGUGAGCAUAUCUGGUAUAUGUCAUUAUUUAUUGUUAAAUUACAUUUUUAAGCUCCAUGUGCAUAUAAAGGUUAUGAAACAUAUCAUGGUAAUGACAGAUGCAAGUUAUUUUAUUUGCUUAUUUUUAUAAUUAAAGAUGCCAUAGCAUAAUAUGAAGCCUUUGGUGAAUUCCUUCUAAGAUAAAUAAUAAUAAUAAAGUGUUACAUUUUAAUGGG